AUGGCGCUGCCCUCUUCCUUCUUGGUGGCCCUGGUGGCGCUGGGCUGCAACUCCGUCUGCUCUCUGGGCUGUGACCUGCCUCAGACCCAUGGCCUGCUGAACAGAAGGGCCUUGACGCUCCUGGGACAAAUGAGGAGACUCCCUGCCAGCUCCUGCCAGAAGGACAGAAAUGACUUCGCCUUCCCCCAGGACGUGUUUGGUGGAGAGCAGUCCCACAAGGCCCAAGCCCUCUCUGUGGUGCACGCGACGAACCAGAAGAUCUUCCACUUCUUCUGCACAGAGGCGUCCUCGUCUGCUGCUUGGAACACCACCCUCCUGGAGGAAUUCUGCACGGGACUUGAUUGGCAGCUGACCCGCCUGGAAGCCUGUGUCGUGCAGGAGGUGGGGGAGGGAGAGGCUCCCCUCACGAGCGAGGACUCCAUCCUGAGGAACUACUUCCAAAGACUCUCCCUCUACCUGCAAGAGAAGAAAUACAGCCCUUGUGCCUGGGAGAUCGUCAGAGCAGAAAUCAUGAGAUCCUUGUAUUAUUCAUCAAUAGCCUUGCAGAAAAGAUUAAGGAGCGAGAAAUGA